UGUGACGUUAUCUAUUCGUUCACUCUUGCAUAGGUGUUUUCUGAAUGUCUCGCGUCACCAUUUAUCUCUGUCAUGUGGCAUUAUAUUGUCAAAUAACAACAAAGCAUAGUAAUCGAAAGUAGAAGCAGAGGCAGCGAAAAAGCGAAAAAGGUUGGAACAAUUAUUAAGAGAACAUCAGGCUUCAGCUUAAAAAUGUAAUAAAAAAUAUUAAUGAUGAUUAAAUAAUAUUAAAAUAAAAGAUAUUAACUAAUUAAUUUAUGGUGGAAAUAAUAAUUUUAUAACUCCACACACCAAAGUGCUUAUUUAAGGCUGUUUCAAAUUGCAAAACAAGCGUCGUUACUUAAUAAUAGCCAAAAAUACGUGCGGAGAUCGUGUAGGUGCUUAAGCUUCAUUGGAAAUAAUUAAUUUAUAUAUCUGUAAGAAAAUGGUGCGUCGUCGCGCCAUUAAAGCUACCACGCUUGCUGGCGGAGGUGCGCGAAGUACCAACAGUAAUUUGUUGGAAAAUGGGGAACUUAAGGCCACAGUCGGCUGUACACACCUGGAAGAGCAAUAUUUUGCAAGUCCUAAGCGUAAAGAUUGUAAAGUUGAAAACUGCUCUACAGAAGUUUUACCUGGUACAGAACAGAAGAUCGAAAAACAUGUAAAAGUGCACGGAAAAACAAAGUCGUCGUCAUCAGGCGGUGGCAAAGCAAGAAGCGAAAGAGGUGGUAUCACGGGUCGCACUAUUGGUGUGCCUUUGGCAACGCGUUCACAAACACGUACUAUAGAAAAUUUCUACAAAGUUAAAAUUGCUGCCGAUAAUACAAAACUUCAGGAGAGUUGCGAGACAAAAUUAGAAACUACAAACGGCGGCGUGGAUGAAACAUGUUCAUACGAAAACUUGCCCCACUACAACGGUAAUGUACAGCCAUCGACUCCAGUUUCGCCAAAUGAACUUAACGACGAUACAAAUGACACUGAAUAUUCGGCACAAUUAACAGAUGAUGCGGUCUUCGGCAGUGACUUCCUAACACAUCGUUCCCAGUUACGUGAUAGCCACUCUUCAACAGGUAGCGCAUGUACAAAUGCUAGCCACACAGAAAACAUAUUUCUACAAGAGCCUGUGCUAACACUAAAUAUCGACAAAACGCCCAAUCAAGCUUCGUACUUCAAAAUUAGAACGUCACUAGAAGUAGAGCCGAUAUUUUCAUCACCUCCAGCGCUUACGUCUGUAUUGAAUGGGCGUUUCAACCAAAUUGUUACGCUCAAUAUGCCAAACGUUUCGUCGUGUAAGCAUGAUCCAUUCUUCUGUGAGACGGAAAAUAUGGCUUUAGCUGGCAGUCACGAAAACGAUGUGGUAGAGGAGUUAGUGCCAGAACAGGAUAAUGAUAAUGAAAACGAUAAUGACAAUGACAAUGACAACAGCUCAUGCGAUAGUGGCGUUGCUUUCACUACCUCGCUUAAAAGAGAUGUGCUGCUGACAGAACAUAAUGAUAAGAUCGGUGAUCUAGUGGCCGGGGGGCAGACACGUCGAAGGAAACCAGCAACUCCUCAUCGUAUUGUGUGCCCAUCACCAAUCAAGACUAUGCCACAUGUGAUCUCACCAACGCAUGCUGCUAUUGCUACUGGUAGAAUCUCGUCACCGUCAGGGCGGAAACUUAACAAAGAGCAAUUAUCACCCCGAAAAUCUCCCCGGCAGAUGAUGAAUGUUUACUCGAAAUCACGACGAAGACUGAAUCAGCAAAAAGAGUUUAGUGCAUUAAAUGAGGGAGAAGAUUUAACCAAGCUGCUAAAUAAUGGAAUACCUGCAGAAAUGAAUGACAACAAUGUCGCUGAGGCUUUGAAGCAUGAAGUCGGUAAUUAUGAGAACCUUGAAGAAGUCUUCACUACACAACCACAUAAGUGCACUUUGAUUGACGAGAAUAUAAAACAACCACAAAAACCAAUUGCACCCAAAACUCAUGUUGUUAAAACGCAACCGCACAAGUCGAAAUAUCAAAAUGGCUUACCUCUGGCCGCAACAAAUAAUAAUCGCGGUUUAAAAGAAUUCUUUCCUGUUCGUCGUAGUGUACGCAAGACUAAAACUGCCGUCAAGGAGGAAAUGAUGCGCUCAUUAGAAAAGGCUGUAAUAGAAGAGCGAGCCGAGGGACUAAAGGUAGCACACUUUGAAGGUAAGGGUCGCGGGGUCAUAGCCGAUCGGCACUUCGAACGCGGUGAAUUCGUGGUAGAAUAUAUUGGCGAUCUCAUUUCGAUGGCCGAAGCGAGCGAACGCGAGAAGUGUUAUGCAUUGGACGAAAAUGCGGGCUGUUAUAUGUACUACUUCAAACACAAAAAUCAGCAGUAUUGCAUUGAUGCAACCGAAGAUACCGGCAAACUGGGGCGUCUGGUAAAUCAUUCGCGCAAUGGCAAUCUCGUCACAAAAGUCGUUGUAGUGAAGCAACACCCCCACUUGAUUCUCUUAGCAAAAGAUGAUAUUGAGCCGGGCGAAGAGUUGACCUACGACUAUGGUGAUCGCUCGAAGGAAUCACUACUGCAUCAUCCCUGGCUGGCUUUCUAGAAAAAUGAUAGAGGAUUUGAGGAGGCUAAACCAUAUUUAGCAUUAUAUGUGCAAACAAACCAAGUGCUUAACGAUGAAAGUUGUAGCGGCGAGCAAUUAUCUGUCAACAAGGCUAGUUAAAAUUAAUUUUUAAAAAUUACUUUUUGCGUGUUUGACGGCUCAAAGGCAGCAUAGUUGCACAAAAAAAAUUAAUAUUAAUAAAAAGUUGAUUCUAAUGAUAGUUAUCUAUGAUUAGACAACGUAUGACUUAUAUUUAAUAGUAAUAACAACAGAAAUGGUAGUAACUCUAACAUUUUAUAGACUUAUUUCGGUAAUUGUUAAUGCUUUAUUAGUGAUAAGUCCAAAUACAACAAGCGAAAUUAGAGUACGCACAGUGUAACGAACUGGCAAAGUGGCAACGUUGAACGAAAAUUAAUAUUAGCUGGUUUCAUAUCUUUUUUAUUGUACUUGCAAGCAACUGUGUACAUUGCUUGGAAAGUUAGUUGUAUUAGACAUAAUCAAAAGUUCCAAAGUGUCGUUAAAGAAAUUAGAGCUCAUCCGAAUUAAUAUUACAGAAUAAAAUCAGAAUUAAGGAUAAAAUAUUGAAAGUAAGAUUUAAAAUUUUUCACUUACUUUAGUAAAUUUUUCACCUGCAUCGUUACACUGUGCCACACUUGUUUAACGCAUCAUUCUGAAUAAUGAAUAACUGAAUUGUGUUCAAAUUGCACUGAGCCGAUGAGGGAACUCGUGCUAGUUGCGUAUGAUGACAAACUAAACUAAGAAAUUGUGGACAAUUUUUGUAGCAGCAUUCAUACUUUUCUUUUAAAUGUGCCACAAGUUAAAAUUUUUGUAUUGGAACUCCACUAUAAAAUAAAUUAGUUCAAUUUUAGUUAAAAACACAUACAGUUCAAUGAAAAUACAACGCCUUCUGCGAACAAAAAGCUGCCAUAUACGAGGUUUUUUAAAAAAGUAUAAUAACAUUUUUCGCGAAAAAUAUUUAUUUAUUUAUCAAUAUCUAGUUUCUCCCUUCAAAGUAACCCUUCAGCCAGACAUAAUACGCUUGUGCCAGAAUUUUACUCAAUAUUCGGACCACUUCAUUUUUUUUAUAUGAUUUUGAGCUUUUCUAGCGAUGCGGCCUUUAUCUGCUCAAUCAUAGCAAAUCCCCAUCAUUUCAGGGGUCUUCAGUUUUGGGAACAGCAGAAAGUCUAAAAAUGCAUAAUGUCAAAAUAUGUCAAAUUGGGGACAAGUGUACCAACAUAGCAAACAAUAACCGAAAAUCGAAUGUAUAUAGCCCACGAAAUUUUAACAAGCUACCUUUUUUUUAACAAGCCUCGUACAUUUGGCUCGCAUAUACUUAUUACAUAAGUGCACAAAUAGACAGGUGUACAUAAAGUUAAAUUUAUUUAAGAAGACAUAAAUUAUAUUAGCAACGCAUAGAA